AUGGCAGCGCGGGGAUCCGCGGGGGAUGCCGCGCUCCGCUGCGCGGCCGAGCAGUGGCUGCUCUGGGAUAAGAAUCCAAAAACUUACGCAAUUGUGAAACAAUUGCUUGCGGAAGGAAAUGCCGGAGAACUGCAGAAAUACUUUGGCUCGCGGAUGGAGUUUGGCACAGCAGGGCUCAGAGCUGCCAUGGGAGCAGGGAUUUCCCACAUGAAUGACUUGACUAUUAUCCAGACAACACAGGGAUUUUGCAGAUACCUUGAGAAGAAUUUCAGUGACCUGAAAAAGAGAGGAGUUGUGAUUGGGUUUGAUGCUCGUGCUCAUCUUUCCAGUGGAGGUAGUAGCAAAAGGUUUGCAAGACUUGCUGCCAAUACCUUCAUAAGUCAGGGAGUUCCAGUUUAUCUAUUCUCUGAUAUAAUACCGACUCCCUUUGUGCCGUACACAGUAACUCAUCUGAAACUUUGUGCUGGAAUUAUGGUUACUGCUUCCCAUAAUCCAAAACAAGACAAUGGUUAUAAGGUUUACUGGGAAAAUGGUGCUCAGAUCAUUUCCCCUCAUGACAAAGGAAUUUCUCAGGCUAUUGAGGAGAACCAAGAACCAUGGCCUCAGGCUUGGGAUGACAAACUGAUUGACAGCAGCCUGCUGCUUCAUGAUCCAUAUGCCAUGGUCAAUAAGGAGUAUUUCAAAGAUAUACAGAAACAGUGCUUUUACAGGAAUAUAAACAAGGAAACAAACCUGAAAUUUGUUCAUACUUCUGUGCAUGGCGUAGGACAUAAAUUUGUUCAGCUGGCAUUCAAGGCAUUUGACCUUAGCCCUCCUUUUGCUGUUCCGGAGCAGAAAGAUCCUGAUCCAGACUUUCCCACAGUGAAGUAUCCAAAUCCUGAAGAAGGCAAAGGUGUUCUGACGUUGUCUUUUGCUUUGGCUGAAAAAGAUGGGGCAAGAAUCAUUUUAGCAAAUGAUCCUGAUGCUGAUCGACUGGCAGUGGCAGAGAAACAAGAGAGUGGUGAAUGGAAAGUGUUUUCUGGAAAUGAACUAGGAGCUCUUUUAGGCUGGUGGAUCUUCACUUGCUGGAAAAAUAACAGUAGAGAUACUUGUGCCAUUAAAGAUGUCUACAUGUUAUCCAGUACUGUUUCUUCCAAAAUCCUGAGAGCAAUUGCACUAAAGGAAGGUUUUCACUUUGAGGAAACACUGACAGGUUUCAAGUGGAUGGGCAACCGUGCCAAACAGCUCAUGGACCAGGGGAAAGCUGUUCUUUUUGCAUUUGAAGAGGCUAUAGGGUAUAUGUGCUGUCCUGCUGUUCUGGACAAAGAUGGUGUCAGUGCUGCUGUUAUAACUGCGGAGAUGGCCAGCUUUUUGGCAAGCAGGAAUUUGUCUUUGUCUCAGCAGCUGAAAGCUGUCUAUGAUGAAUAUGGCUUCCAUAUUACCAAAGCUUCGUAUUUCAUCUGCCAUGAUCCUAAAGUUAUUCAACAGCUUUUUGACAACCUUAGAAAUUUUGAUGGAAAAAACACAUACCCAAAAUCUUGUGGUAGAUUUAAAGUUUCUGGAAUAAGGGAUCUAACUACUGGGUAUGACAGCAGCCAGCCAGAUCAAAAGGCUAUACUUCCUACUAGUAAAAGCAGCCAAAUGAUAACAUUCACUUUUGCUAAUGGAGGAGUGGCCACAAUGAGAACCAGUGGGACAGAACCAAAGAUCAAAUACUAUUCUGAACUUUGUGCACCCCCUGGAAACAGUGAUGUUGAACAGCUGAAGAAGGAACUAGAUGAAUUAGUCAACGCUCUUGAAAAACACUUCUUUCAACCAGAAAAAAACAAACUUCAACGAAAGACUGAGUAAAAUAGCAAAAUUAUUACCUUGAUUGGCUUUUGCAUCAUUACAAGUCCAUUAUUUAAGCAGUUAAGGUUUUUUAGGACCAAACAUCUGAGAACUCUGACUAUAAAGACUUCUGCUUUUAGGAGUUAUUUUGGGUACUCUUGGCUCUAGUAUCUUAUUUUGGAAGGAAAGUACCUUUACCCCUAAUGG